CCACUCAAGUUCACUUUUUACAAUAUAUUUUAUAUUGUAAUAAUAAAUAUUGCAAAACAAUUUAGCCUUUAUUGCUUUAUUUUGUUCUGAUUUACUUGAAUGCACCUGUGCAGCCUAACACGUGCCUACAUUGCAUGACGGUCAUUUGUGCUGCUGUAAUUAUUUCUCCGCGUGCUAAUGGUUUAAACGGUGUUUCCCAGUUCGCUGCGUUUUCUUGAUCCCUUGUCACAUGGUUUGUCAUUAACGUGCAGAGCACAGGCCCUUCCUUGGACUCAGACUGCCAUCUGAAAUUUAAAUGGACGUGUGCAGGAGGCACGGCAGAGCGGAGUCACGGGGGACCUUCCUCUACUCGGAAGCAGUAACACAAGGGGAAAAUAAACAUAAAGAAGGAGGAGGAAACGGCUGCGAUGAGCGUGCGACGUCUUCUGGUCAUGGAAGAAGUUUUUGGGACACUUCGCUUCUUGAGUUCGCUUCAGUUUUAGUACAUUCGGAGAUACGAAUUGGGAAAAUAAAUGUACGCCGGAGUUAUCCGUGAAAUUUUAGCCCCUCUGGCAAACAACUGCCACACCUUCAUCAUCAGUGUAACAGGUUCUCUACACAACUGUCCAGAUGGGUUGCAGUUGCUGUAGGAUGAUAAAAAGUUACAUCUAUGACCCCUCAGUCCCUGUAGAUGUUCCUGGUCGAAAGCGGGACCCCACCAGCAGCUCUCUGUAUCAGUCUCAAAGAUUCCCAGAGGAGGCGGACCACAUCCAAAAGAAGCAGGGCUUCCACAACCUGGGAUACAGCACCCACCCCAGCUCAACCAAACUCGACAUAGACAACAACCACAUCAACCGGCUCCAUGCUAAUAUUCCAGGUGAGCAGAUCCGAUCGAGUCCAGCGGAGGGUGACCCGAGCCUAUACAUCCUCCAGCCCGAGACCGAGGGGACACCCAUAAAAGCCGUUCCAAACACACGCAGCAAUCAACCCAUACAGAACGAGUCGAUGUUGGGAACGGAACCGGGUAAGCGAGAGGAGAGAUUCAGAGACUCUGGCCUGGGCGGCGGUGGGAUAACAGACGGGACAGAGGGAUCGGAUGGUUAUCCCUAUGGACAAGAGGAAGAAGACGAGGACAGGAAGAGCAGGCUAGCCGGUACUCCGGACACAGCCGAUGAGGAAAGCGUGCUGUCAGUGGACAUGCACACCAGCAGUACAAGCCUCUCCUCAGCAGACACAAAGCUCAUAAUAGAGGAGAGAGAAGAAAAAGAGCCCUCGAUUGUGAUAGGAGAGCAAGACAGAGAGAAAGAGAUCGAUUGUGUGAGCGUCACUGAAUCAAUGGUGGCCGAGGCCUUGGCUGCCUUGGACGCAGCGACUGCGGGAGAGGAUUCUGAGUGACGGUCAGGUGACGCACUACUUAAUGGCGACUACAUGAGAGAUUUCCAUACUCGCUCUCUCGCUCCCUCUCCACAUUUGAAUACAGCCAAAUCAUAAAAUGAAGUCUGUUUGUAGGUACUUUUAUUUUGAAUGGAAAAAAUCAAACAAAGACUUGAUAACAGGAACUGCUGCUUGUUUACACAACAAAAAUGGACUAUUUGUGAGAUGUACUUGAGCAAAUGAAGGUCAUCUGUGCGAUUCAGAGGCAUGGACAAACUCUAUUCUCAGACUAAACAGAACAGACCGUUGCAUGAUUUUCCUCAGUGCUGUUGUGUACACAGCAUAAAUAUGAAAUAAACUCUUAUCGUCAAAUAUUAUUUCUGCUCCACAACGUGAUGAAAGUUCUCUCCUUCUGUAGCUUCUGUGUGGAGGACGGGCUAAAUCAAAGCACUACAUAAUUAUUUUCAUACAUUUUCUAUACAAAGAAGUGGUGAAAAGCAAAUAAGCCACUGUCCUGGUGUGGGGUUACUUCUGCGCUUAUUGUACUUUUUAGAGAUGUUAUAGAAUUAUCAAACUGCUUAAUACAGUGAAAUUAAGCUCAUUCAACUUAGUCUCAACAGAUCAAUAUGCUAUUUCUCGCACUGUGAAUAUAUCAUAAAUACCCUCAUAGAGCUGUAGGACGACAUGUGCUUUAUUUGUACACAAAUGUACAGCAAGAAAUGUAAGGAGAUUGUGGGUGAAUCUCAUGAAAGUUGAUUUCAACCUGAAAUUAUAUUUUGCGUAAAUGUGUAUUUAUUCUAUAUUGUUUAAUGACUGGGGUUUCAAAUAUUUUUACUGUAAAAAUACUAUCGUGACAUAAGUAAUAUAUUUUGAGAUUUUUGACAGUGCCGUUUAAAUAAAUCUGAGGGGGAAAUACUUAAUUUGUGAUGCAAAGAAUCUUAAUGGUACAAAAAAGGCUUUAUUUAUGCAAAAUAUAAUUUUAUUUUCUUUAUAUUUUGAAAUAUGAUCUAUUCAUGAUAGAUUUUGUGAGAUUCACCCUUGUAUAUUUAUGUUCAUGGUGCACUGUGGACUAUUAGGGUUUGAAAACAGCAGCGUGUAGAGCAGAAUCAGGCCAAUGAUGAUAGUUGAUGCUCUACGCUCAGGGGUUAUGCUCUUUACUAGUCCUGGUUAACUGUCAGAGGCCUGAUGAAAACAACCCUAACCCUACUAUGAUCACUAUCUCAUGCAGACAUUCCUAUACGUUAGAUUUUCUAAAAAACUAAUGUAACCCCAUAUGCAAGAUAAUUUUUUUUUUUUGUUUUUUUUUUUUAUUUGCACAGUACUUUAUGAAGGUCCUUGUUUUUAUUUAAUGAAGGUCAUUAAGUAUUUCCAAAUGUCUUACCAAGUACGCAUUGGUUGAACUUUAUGUAUUGGUCAAAAUCAUUUCUUUUAAACCUGUUAAUGAGUAAAUGUUAUUGACAGGAACUGAUUUUCUAAUGACAUGGCACUAUGACUGCAUUGAAUGAUUUGAAUCUAUUGCACAUUCACAGUGAAUACACUGUUUAUAUUCCAUUCUUUCUGCCUUUACCAGAGGACUAAAUUGUCACAUGAACCAGGGGAAAAUAAAAACAAUGUGCUCGAUCAUAAGACUUGCGAUGCAAUCUGUUGACGUUUCUGUCUUGUGGCUAAUAAUGCCAUAGGGCCUCGUAUAUAAUCAAAUCAUAUCUCCUUUCAGCCCUCACUGGACAGUACGAUGUGUCCUGAAGUAUGUGUAUGACUGCAAUAUUGUGCUGAAAUCCAAAGAGAUCAGAUGUUAAGAAUUGUGAGGUUUGUACAGUUCUGCAAAGGCCUGAUGAUAAAAUAUUAAAACAUGAUUAAAAUACAGAUGUUAUGAACCAUUUUAUUUUCUGAUGAAACUUAUGAGUUAAGGGUGAAAAUAAGCCAUGCUUGCCUGGGUAUACUAUAAAAUGGCUUGUAUUAUGAAAUUGCAGUUCUGUUUUCUGGGAACUGUAAGAUAAGAGUUGGUUUCAUCCACCCAUCUUUUUUUUUUUUUUUUUUUUUUUUUUUUUGUGCCUUCACAUUUAUUGUCAAUAUUUUGUACAGCAGUACAACCUUUAUAAAGAUUUUCUUUUUUUAUUUAUUUGAUGCUUUUGUUCUUUGAUGUUUAAAGGUCUUAUUUUCAUGUUUUUCUUUUAAAAGUACAAGAGGCCAUACUAUGACAUGUGUUUAGGUUAAAAGAGAACUCACAUAAUCGUAUAUGGUUUGAUUGACGAGCAAGAGUGAGUCAUAUGAUUUGUGUAUCUGUGGAGUUCAGAGAGCCCUCAAUUAUGUUGCUCAGCCCCAGACCUAUUGUCAAAAAUUGGCCGAAAAGAAACAGACUCAAAAGAAAGAGACUUUUAUAUAGUUUGGCAGGUUUCUGCUACACUGUGAUUAUUCAAAGUGUGACCAUUCCGUUUUUUUUUUUUUUUUUGUAAUAUUAUUGGAUAUAUAGAACAGAAACCUGUAACUUUUCAAUGACUGAUGUUUUAGCAAAGUCCAGAUCAAAAGUCAAAAUACCAAAAGCUUGUUUUUCACCCCGAAAUGAAAAUUCUAUUAUUUACUCAUCCUCAUGUUGUUCCAAACCUUGAUGAACAGAUUAAAUUUAGGCUUUUAUUCUCAUAUAAACACUGAUCAGUGAACAUAAACAGAAGUUCAACUGAACCUGCUUGACACGCGAGGACAAACCUCUUCCGGAAGCUCAAACGUGCUGCGUAACGCACAAGAAUGAAUCUCAUUGGUUCUCGCACACGUCAAGCAAACAUGCUUGAGUUUCCGUUUACCACAACUGAUUUGUAAGUUGAUGUAUGUUUACAUGUGAAUAAAAGCUUAAAUUCAAUCUGUUCAGCGUAUAAAGCGAUCUUGUCUACAGAAAAUUUGGACUAAACCACUCAAUUCAUAUGGAUUAGUUUUACAGUCUUUUUAUGGACUUUUUGAAGCGUCAAAGUGUCAGUUGUGUAGCUGUCGAUGAAGGGACAGAAAUCUCUCGGAUUUCAUUAAAAAGAAUGACAGAAUUUCAGUUUCAAAGAUGACAGAAUUUUCCUUUUUGGGUGAACUGACCCUUUAAGGUUAAAACUGAUUCUGUAUGCCAAUGAAAAUUUGCUUAUUAAAAUUCCAAAUAAUGAGGGUUUAACAUUUUUCUAGAAGUUUCUGCUCCAUGUUAAGUGUCUUAUAUGGGAUGAGAAUAAUUUUUUAAAAUAAAUUAUACAAUAUUGUUUAAAAGGUUGGGGUCGGUAAGAUUUUUAAAAUUCUUUAGAAAGAAUUCUCCAAGUCUGCAUUCAUUUGAUAAAAAAGAAAUAUUGUGAAAUAUUAAUUUAAAAAUUUUAAACUUUUAAUAUAUUUUUGAAAAUAUAAUUCCUGCGGUCAAAGCUGAAUUUUCAGCAUCAUUACUCCAGUAUUCAGUGUCACAUGAUCCUUCAGAAAUCAUUCUAAUAUGCUGAUGUGGUGCUCAAAAAAACAUUUAUCAUUGUUUUAAAAAAGUGCUGCUUAAUAUUUUUGUGGAAAUUUUUUUUUAGCAUUUUUUGAUGAAUAGAAAGGUCAAAAGAACAGCAUUUAUUUGAAACAGAAAUUUUUAACAUUGUAAAUGUCUUUACUGUCACUUUUGAUCAAUUUACAACAAUUACUGAAUGAAAAAUUCUUUAAAACAAAAUUUUACUGAUCUCAAAUUUUUGAACGCUUAGUGUAUAUAAAUUAUAGCCAGUAUAGAAAACAGAAAUCAUUCAAAGCAUUAGAAGUUAAAUACACCAUUCGUACAAUAACUAAAAACCUGAAUUCAGUUUCCUUUAAAGCCAAACACAAAUGAUCAACACCAAAGGUCCAGCUGUUUGUACAUACAGCACAGACAACAUAAAAGUACCAGAAUAAAUCUGCUGCUGAGUGUACACGUCUCUUUAAAGUCUGUGUGGGCUUGAGUUAAUGAUUCACGAAUCCCAAAACAUAUCCAGACUAAUAAUACUCUACAGCAGGUUAACCAUUUAUAUGCUCCGGACUCACACUGUUACUGCACGUUGUUUAAUGAUUCAGUUCUUAGAAAUACCCUGAUGCAUAAAGUACAAAAAUAGUCCUUGACUCAUAAAAACAAUGCAUAUAAUGCUCAAGGUCACAUACUUUCCAAUAGGUCAUGGGUAAGUAGGCAGCAGUCAUGGAGAGAUGGGAAAGAAAAGCCUUCAGCAUCUGAGUUUUGGAAGAGCUACAGACCUGAAGGUCAUUAGUGCUGCACCAGUCACCUAUUAACAGACUCUGACUGAUCCUAAAACCUACUACAGAUCCAAGGACUUCUCACGUCUCACUAUAGAUGAAGACUUUGAGAUUUUGUUGUGCUGAGAAAGUUGGAAGGACAUAAAGAAGUUAAAGUUUCCAAGAAUCCUCAAAGCCAUUACCUUUGAGGUACACCAACAAGUGUAGCAAAAGUACAAUCUGUGUGGGAAACUGUGUUCUGUCUUGUGCUCAGCAUGGAGAUGACGUGGUUUUCAGGUAAAGCAGCAGAAAAAUAACCAGUCCAAUGUGUGUUUAAUCUUUUUAAUGUAUAAAUUCUGGGUACAAAACUUUCAGUAAAAUAUAACAGCACAUUUUCGCUCGUUUUCUUUGAACAACUCAGAAUGAUUCUUCAAAUUUUUGUGCUUACACAUUUUCUAAAUUUCUUUAAUUCUUGUCGGUUUCAGAAGUAACGGUACUUGAAGUGACCAUUUCUGUACACGUUAAGAUUUAAUGUUAAUAUAAUUUCUGUCUGAAUACCUAAAACUAAAAUUUGAACAGGAAGGCUAUGGGCAUAUUAUUAUCAUGGGUACAUAAGGCAAAACAUAAACACUGGCACAAUAUCAAAAUAAUGAAAAUAUUAAUAAAAGGCAAAAUACAUUAAAAAAAAUUCAAUAUAUUUAUUGGAAAUUAGUUUGAGUUAAAAUGCUCAGAACUAUUAAAAGUCCCUUAUUUUGUCCUUUUUGCCUAUGGUUGGCACUAAAGCAAGGACACUCUCUUUUUUUUUUUUUUUUUUGAGGUACCACACAGUUUGUUUUUUUAACAAUAACAAUAAUGUUAAAUAUAGUGAAGGAUACAGUCUUAUCUAUUGUAUAUGCCUGACAUUAUAUUAAUUUCUGAGCUAUAGACUUGAGAGAGCGUCUGAAUGACGUGGACACAUGCAAGCUAUACCGAAUCAUGUAACUAAGAAUGUUUAACAUUUCUAAACCGUUGAGUGCUCGGCAGACUAGUGAAAUGAUCGCAGUGCUCUAAACCCAGACUAAUCCAAACAUCGCCAAGCAAACUUCCAGUCAGUUAAGGUGCGCUAAGGUUAAUAAAUCAAUCUAAUAAACAUGCAAUUUCAUUGAUUUACAGAAAAAUGGUUUUCAGAACAAUUUAAGUCGUUAAAAAACAAAAAACAAAAGGUGAAAAGGUGUAUUUAGUGAAGAGAUGGAAGCCCAGUCCAUUUAAGACGAUGACAGGUUAAGAACAAAGUUUGGUCUGGAUUGUAACCAGCGAGACAUUUCAUGGCUCUGUAUUUCCGUGUUUAUCACAGCUUGCAAUUAAAAAAAAAAAAAAAAAAAGAA